UUAUAACACAAAACUAUAUGUACUAUAUAUAUAAAAUUUGUUGUGACAGGUUGGAUUUUUAAGAAUUGAACUAGCAAAAACUACUACAUUACCACUGGUAGUUCAGUUGAUAGAAUGAUCAGUGUGGGAGUUGUUGCAGUUGCAGGUGAUGUAGAAUAGGAUUACCAAGAUGUUAUUUGUUUUAGGACUUCCAUGUAUGAAGGAAUCAGAUAUUUCCAAAUGGAAGUUCCAACUUCUCAUUUCAGAAUAGUUUUUAAACCAUUCUUCUAUUACCACUUUGCAUUAUUUCUCACGUGAUAUCCUCUGUAGAUCACUGGAGAAGUGGUUUCCUUAGAAGAAAGAUCUUCACAGAUAAUUUGUGAGCUUGGUGUCAUGAAAGAAGAGUGGGAAGAGAAUUAUAAUGAAGUACAAGUGAAGACUGAGAACACAUUUGUCAGGGUACAGUCAGAUGAACCUGGUGAUACACAUCAAGAUAAGGUUAUUUCUGAGUUGAGUGAGAAUGAUGAUAAUGACUCUAAAGAUGAUGUUUUGAGUGUGACAAAUAGAAAGGAAACACAAGAUGAUCAUCAACAAGUUGGCUGUGGGUCAGAAACUUUCCCUGAUCCAAAGAUGUAUGAAAAAAUCUUCAGUGGAGAUCACCUGAAAGAACAUCAAGGUAUAAGUACUGGUGACAAAAGUAUUAGUGAAAGUAUCCCAAGAAGACACAAGAAGAUACACACUGUGGAGAAACCUUAUAGAUGUACAGCAUGUGGUAGAGGAUUUGCAGGUAAAGGUAACUUAAAAAGUCACGAGAAGAUACACACUAGUGAGAAGCCAUACAGGUGUGCAGAUUGUGGCAAAGGAUUUUUGAGUAAAAAAGGUCUAAACAUUCAUAAGAAGAUACACACUUGGGAAAAACCAUACAGUUGUGCAGUUUGUGGCAAAGGAUUUUUGAGUAAAAAUGGUCUAAACAUUCAUGAGAAGAUUCAUACUGGGGAAAAACCACACAGUUGUGUAGUAUGUGGUAUGCAGUUUGUAAGUAAAAGUAAGUUAAAUAGACAUGAAGAGAUGCAUACUAGAGAGAAGCCAUUUUGUUGUGUUGUGUGUGGAAAACAACUUCGAAGUAAAAGUACGCUUGAAAUACAUAAGAAGAUGCACACUGGAGAGAAACCAUAUAGUUGUGUAGUGUGUGGAAAAAGAUUUUUUAGUUACAGUGGUGUAAAAAUUCAUGAGAUGAUACACACAGGUGAGAAGCCGUACAGUUGUGUAGUAUGUGGUAAGCGAUUUGUAAGUAAAAGUAAUUUAAAUACUCAUGAGCAGAUACAUACUGGCAAGAAGCCGUACAAUUGUGUAGUAUGUGGUAAAAAUUUUUUUACUAAAAGUAAGUUAAAAAUUCAUGAGCAGAUACACUCUGGGGAGAAGCCUUAUAGUUGUAUAUUAUGUGGCAAAGAAUUUGUAAGUAAAAAUGGUAAAAAAACUCAUGAGAAGAUACAUACUGGUGAGAAGCCAUACAGUUGUGUUGUAUGUGGUAAACAAUUUGUAACUAAAAGUAACUUAAAGACUCAUGAGCAGAUACACACUGGGGAGAAACCAUACAGUUGUGUUGUAUGUGGCAAAGGUUUUUUCAGUAAAAGUAGUCUAAACAAUCAUGAGAAGAUACAUACUGGGAAAAAACCAUACAAUUGUGUUGUAUGUUGUAAACAGUUUGUAUGUAAAAGUAACUUGAAGAGACAUGAGCAGAUACACAUUGAGGAGAAGCCAUACAGUUGUGUUGUAUGUGGUAAACAAUUUGUAAAUAAAAGUAACUUAAAGACACAUGAGCAGAUACACACUGGGGAGAAACCAUACAGUUGUGUUGUAUGUGGGAAAGGAUUUUUCAGUAAAAGUGGUCUAAACAAUCAUGAGAAAAUACACACUGGUGAGAAGCCAUAUGGUUGUGGAGUUUGUGGUAAACGAUUUGUAAGUAAAAGUAGCUUAAAUACUCAUGAGAUGAUACACAGUGACAAUAAGCCGUACAGUUGUGUAGUAUGUGGUAAACAGUUUGUAACUAAAAGUCAAAUAAAGCGUCAUGAGCGGCUACACACUGGAGAGAAGCCUUACAGUUGUUUAUUAUGUGGCAAAGAAUUUUUAACUAAAAAUGGUCAAAUGAUUCAUGAGAAGAUACAUACUGGUGAGAAACCAUACAGUUGUGUAAUAUGUUGUAAACAGUUUGUAACUAAAAGUAACUUAAAGACUCAUGAGCAGAUACACACUGGGGAGAAACCAUACAGAUGUGUUGUAUGUAGUAAACAACUACGAACAAAAAGUAAACUUGAAAUACAUGAGAAGUUGCACACUGGGGAAAUCCAUAGAGUUGUUUAGUAUGUGACAAAGGAUUUUUAUGUUACAAUGGCCUGAAAAUUUAUAAAAAUAUAUGUAUUGGUGGGAAGCUGUUCAGUUGUGUAGUAUGUGGUAAACGAUUUGUAAGCAUAAAUUACUUAAAUCUUUAAGCAUGGGCUUGGUCCCUGGAUUGACCUCGUUAACAUUUUGUGAUGUACAGGUAGAUAUAUAUUUUAUCUAUUAUUUUCAGUUAUUAAUCUCUGUACAGGUUUGGUAGAUUUGACUGAUCU